CAGAAAUAGCGGGGUUAUAGAUACAUCGUCGUAGUACGCCACGUUUUCUCUCAAUCAGAUCGGCUUCCAUGAUUGUCUCGCGUGCCGACGCUUAGCAGUAUUCCGGAUUUUGAUUGCAGUCGCACGUAUUUUAGCCAACUUCAAAAUGGAGCAAGAGAAGAGUAAGAAGAAGGAUAAGAAGAAGUCGCUCGGCGAGCUGCAGUUGGCGACGAAAUGCGAGCUCGAGCCCUCCAACGUGGAGGUGAAGCUCGAGUGCAAGGACUGGCCGCUGCUGUUCAAGAAUUUUGAUAAGAUGCUGACGCGCACGAAGCAUUUUACCCCGUUGACAAGUGGUUCUACGCCGCUACAUCGCAGCCUAUCAGAAUACAUAAAGUCAGGCUGCAUCAAUCUAGAUAAGCCGUGCAAUCCGUCGUCGCACGAGGUGGUGGCUUGGAUAAAGAAGAUCCUAAAGGUGGAGAAGACCGGUCACUCCGGCACGUUGGAUCCCAAGGUAUCGGGAGUCCUGAUAGUCUGCAUAGACAGAGCGACGAGACUGGCCAAGUCGCAGCAGUCUGCUGGAAAGGAAUACGUUGCUGUGUUUAAGCUCCAUUCUGCUGCGGAAAGUACCCAGAAGGUAAAUCAAGCGUUGGAGAAAUUGCGCGGUGCUCUCUUUCAAAGGCCGCCGUUGAUAUCGGCGGUCAAGAGACAGCUCCGCGUCAGGACAGUUUACGACAGUUGGUUCCUUGAUUACGACAAAGAGCGCAAUAUGGGGGUGUUCCGCGUCAGCUGCGAAGCUGGCUCUUAUAUCAGAACUAUGUGUGUCCAUCUCGGGCUCUUCUUAGGUACUGGUUGUCACAUGCAAGAACUUCGAAGAAGUCGCUCCGGCGUUCAGUCCGAACAGGAUGGUAUGGUUACCAUGCACGAUAUCCUCGACGCCCAAUGGCUGUACGAAAAUCACGGGGACGAGUCGUAUCUGAGGAGAGUUAUAAAGCCGCUGGAAUCGCUGCUAGUGAAUCACAAAAGGAUCGUCAUAAAGGAUAGCGCUGUGAACGCAAUCUGUUACGGAGCCAAGAUCAUGCUGCCGGGCGUCUUGAUGUACGAUCAAGGGAUAGAGUUGAAUCAGGAAAUUGUAAUUGUGUCUACUAAGGGCGAGGCUGUAGCACUUGCCAUAGCUUUGAUGUCUACUCCAACUAUGACUACCUGUGAUCAUGGGGUAGUUGCGAAACUCAAAAGAGUAAUCAUGGAGAGAGAUUCGUAUCCAAGGAAGUGGGGUUUGGGACCUAAAGCAAUGCAAAAAAAACGUAUGAUAGUUGAUGGGACAUUAGACAAACAUGGGAAACCAAAUGAGAACACGCCCACUGACUGGUUACAAAGUUAUAAAGACUUUGCGGCAGCACCAGCAACCGAACCUGCAACGACGGAAAAGAAUGGUGACGUAACCGUUAGUGGUAAGAAAAGGAAAAGAGAAGAAGAUACGAGUACAGUGGAAGUAACAGUUAAAGAAGAAACGAUGGAGAGUAUAGAAACAUCGUCGCCGAAAGAUAAAAAGAAGAAAAAGGAGAAAAAGAAGAAAAAGGAAAAACCUGAUCCAGAAGGCGAAGAGUCUGUUGUAGUGGAAGAAGCUACCAGUGGGGAAUGUACAGGAAAGGAAGAGAAAAGGAAGAAGAAGAAGAAGAAGAAGGACAAAGAUCGGGAACCUUCGUCGAGUUAGAAUAAUGUUUAAUAAAGAAUAUUUUUAAGACUAAACUGUUACGUAAAGUGUACAGUUAUUUUUUUAUUGAAUCGUCUAUUGUCCUGAAUUAUAUUGAGACUUUGCUCCAAUUUUAUAUAUUAUAUAUAAUACUUAUAAUUUUUCUUGAUUUCAUAAAAAAAACUUUUGUAUUCCGAAAUUAUAAAGGAAUACAAAGUAUCUACGAGAUUCUCUUUUACGGUUUCGAAUGUUUCUCACGAUAUUCCUAACGUAUAUCUUUUCUUUUUAGAUAUGAAUGAAGAACUCUGAACUAGUAUUCUAGCUUGUAUUCUGACUUUUCGUAAGACUAAGUUAGAAGAAUUUAUUGUACAUAUAUCUUUUUCCUCAUCAUGUAUAUGUAUUAUAUAUGCAUUUUUUUGUUUCCUCCAAUACGUAAAUCUACAAAUCAAUGAUAUAGAUAGCAAUCACAGGUGUCCAAGUAUCAAUAAUAACUGAUUGUACAUGUCUA